AUGCAAGAUUGCGGUGUGGAGACCGCAGAAAGUGUCGAACCUUCUGAUGGCGUACAGGGGGCAUUCCCCUUGUGGAAAGACCCAGCUCUGUGCCCCGACGAGCAGGUGGUCCAAGAGCCAACUCCCAGCCCUUCUACGGUCGGACGCUGCAAGCAGCAACAGCUAGCUUCCUUGCCCAUGGCCAUGUUCGAGCACGAGAACAUGGAUUCCAUCGACAUUUCGUCUGGUGAGGAGAACGACGAGAAGAUCAGCGCCUCUGGAGAAUGGUUUUCCGGCUCCUUCGUGGGUGCGAGGCAUCGCCUGGUGGCGGAG